CGGGCCUCGGUCCGGGUCGCUGCCCAUCCAGAGGCACAGGGAGCAGCUGGUUGAAGCGGUUCGGGAGCAUCCGUUCCUCAUAGUGACCGGAGAGACGGGCAGUGGGAAAACCACGCAGUUCCCGCAGUAUCUGCACCGGGCAGGUGAGGCCGGAGCCGCAGGGCCCUCCAUGGUUACCCCGGGACAGGUCCCGUUGCCUCCACAGAUGCUGCUCGAACCGCUGAUUCCGGCGUUUGCUGACUACAAAUCGGGCGAGUCCACAAUUAUGUGUCCGGUGAUGACCAGAAGGGAAUAAUCUUGCACUGUCCAACCUGGCACCCUAAAUGUAAACGUCUGAGAGCUAUAACGAGUGGCUUUCCUACCUCAAAGUGUGCAGCUUCGUUCAAAGGAUGGUGAAUUGGCGAUACCUAACAUGGAAGAAAGGCAGCAAGAAAAUGCAAUUCUUCCCUCUCAGUCACCAAAAACACAAAAGGAUAAAUGAUCCAAACACAGCUAGCAAAAGGAUAGUUUUACAUCCAAAGUAGACUCGUUUUAAGAAGCAAGCCCAAGGAUUGCGGGCAGAUUGAAAUUCAGGAACCAUAGACCAAGAGGUUGAGCAAGAGGGUAAAAAUACACUGUGAGAGUAAACUACGAGGAACCUAAAAGCGGAUUGUAAAUGCUCGCAUUUAAAAUAAGACAGUUGUAGAUCCUCACAGUCACAAACAGAGAAUUUAUCAUGGUGGGGGAAUAAAGAAAUGGAAAACUAAUUAACCACAAACAAGAGAAAAUGUGCAGAUGCUGGAAAUCCACACACACACUAAAUGCUGGAGGAACUCAGCAGGUCAGGCGGCAUCUGUGGAAAAAAAGUACAGUCAACAUUUUGGGCUGACGUUGUAGUCGACUGUACUUUUUUUCCGUAGAUGUUGCCUGGCCUGCUGAGUUCCUCCUGCAUUUUAUGUGUGUUGCAAGUAAUUAACCAAAUCCUUCGUCUUUGUCUUCUUUGAAGGGAUCACAGAUAACUUCCUAGAAAUGCGAAAGGUCUCGGAUGAAACAAAAAUGAAAGAUCAUCAUUCUUGUGCCAUGUUGUAUGAUGUGGGUGAUCGUGGUCUCAACUGUGGCUGGUCUUGGCAAAUUUUCUACAGAAGUGGUUUUCUGGGCAGUGUCUGUACAAGAUGGGCGAUCCCAGCCAUGAUCAGAGAUUGUCUUUAGCAUCAGUGGUUCCAUAACCAGGGUACCAUCCACCACCUGGUCCCAUGGUUUCAUGUGACACUGAUUGGGGGACUAAGAUGCCACACCUUGCCCAGGAAUGACCUGCGGGCUAGCAGAGGGAAGCCUUUCACCUCCUUGGUGUUGAUGUAUCUCCACCCUACCACCAAAUUCAAGGAUAUUAGUAUCAUUUUAAAUAAAAGUGCUGCAGUAGCUGUUCUAAAUUUUCCAAUCACAUGGAAGAUAAAUAGUUUGGCCCAUCAACUCUGUGACAACUCUCAGAGCAUACACACUCUCCCUCUUAGUUUCCUUAACACAUUCUCCAUCGUACCUCUGGAUUCUCCUAUUGCUCAAUAUAUUAGGAAAACUAAAAGCAGCCUAUUAAUCUACAAGAUAGCCCAUCUUUGGAAUAUUAAUUUAUGAAGAAAUACACAGAUACACAGCCCUUCUGGCCUUCUGAGCUGUGCUGCCCAGCAACCCAUCAAUUUAACCCCUAGCGUAAUCACAGGACAAUCUACAAUGACUAAGCAACCUACUAACUGGUGUGUCCUUGGACUGUGGGAGAAAACCAGAGGAAACCCCUGUGCGUACGGGAGGAAUGUACAAACUGUCUUACGGAGGACGCUGGAAUUGGACUCUCAACACCCCAGACUGUAAUAGCGUCGUGCUAACCAGUAGACUGCCAUGUUGGAGGGAACCAGCAUAACCGGGACAGUGUGCGAACUGCAUGUAGUCAAGUCACAGGAGGACCAGAUUCAGCUAGGGUCUCCGGAACUGACUAGGACAGCAUGGGGUGAUUGGGGUGACGCAGCCCCGGCGAGUGGCUGCCAUUUCAGUGGCCCUGCGAGUGGCCGAGGAGAUAGGCUGCGACUUGGGCCGGAUGGUGGGCUACCAGGUGCGCUUCGAUGACUGCACCUCUGAGGACACUGUGAUCAAGUACAUGACUGACGGCUGCCUGCUACGGGAGAUCCUGCAGGACCCUGGUCUCAAUAAAUACAGCGUGAUCAUUCUGGAUGAAGCCCAUGAGAGGAGCCUCAGCACUGACAUUCUCUUUGGCUUGCUGAAAUCCCUGUCUGCCCAGGGCACAACGCCACCCAUACGCAAGGCUCCUCUGAAGGUCAUUGUGAUGUCAGCCACACUGGAGACAGAGAAGCUCUCGGAAUUCCUGCAUGGUUGUCCUGUAUACCAUGUGUCAGGCAGGGCUUAUCCUGUCAAGGAACUAUUCUGCAACCUGAUUGGACCAAAGGAUAAGCAUGGCACGGGACUUGUUAAAGAGGUUGUAAACGUCACUUUGGACAUACAUAUGAAUGAGUCAGAAGGAGACAUCCUGGUGUUUUUGACAGGACAGUCUGAGAUUGAACGGGCAUGUGACUUGCUUUUCAAGAAAGGAGAAUCAAUUGAUUACCAAUAUGAUGUGAGAGACAGAUCAGUCGAGGGUCUGCUCAUCCUACCCCUCUAUGGCUCUAUGUCAACAGAUCAACAAAAAAAGGUUUUCCUUCCUGCAGCACCUCACAUCAGGAAGUGCAUAGUUGCUACAAAUAUAGCAGCCACUUCUUUGACUAUCGACAGAAUAAGAUACGUUGUAGAUUGUGGCUUUGUGAAGCAGUUGAAUCACAAUCCCCUUGUUGGACUCGACAUUCUGGAGGUUGUUCCCAUUUCAAAGAGUGAGGCCAUGCAGCGGACUGGUCGAGCUGGGAGGACGUCUGCUGGAAAGUGUUAUCGGAUCUACAGCAAAGAAUUCUGGGAGAAGUGCAUGCCAGAUCACAUGGUCCCAGAGAUCCAGAGAGUUAGUCUAACAUCGGUGAUCCUUACCCUCAAGUGCCUUGGUGUCAACAAUGUCAUUGGGUUCUCAUACCUUGACAGGCCGGAGGAGAGACACAUCCUGGAGGCACUGAAACAGCUUUACCAGAAUGACGCUAUUGACAGGGCAGGUUGCGUGACCAAACUCGGGCGGCUGAUGGUGGAAUUUCCUCUCCCACCACCCGUGACAAGGGCUCUAAUUAAAGCAGCUGCACUGGAUUGUGAGCACCUUUUGCUUCCAGUGGCUGCGAUGCUCUCUGUGGAAAAUGUUUUCAUUCGACCAGGGAACCCAGACAAGCAGAAGGAAGCUGAGGUGAGGCACCAGCAGCUGGCCCAGGAGUCUGGUGGCAGCAACGAUUUCUUAACAUUACUCAACAUCUUCAAGACAUGCAAGGCAAGUGACUCCCCAUCUUCCUGGUGCCGAAAAUACUGGCUCCACUGGCGAGCGAUGAAGACUGCGUUUAGUGUGGAGACCCAGCUCCAGGAGAUAGUCAGGAAAAUGAAACAGAGAAAGGACUUUCCCUCAGAGACGUACAGUGGCUCCAAGAAUGAGCUGCUGAGGAGGUGUUUGUGUGUUGGAUAUUUCUCCAAUGUAGCCAGAAGGUCUGUCGGUAAAACCUUCCACACGAUGGAUGGUCAUGGAUCGGUUGUCCACAUCCACCCUUCCUCUGUCCUGUUUGAGCAGGAGAACCAACUUGAUUGGGUUAUUUUUCAUGAUGUCAUGGUCACAUCCAAGAUUUACAUGCGGACUUUGUGCCCAAUUCGUUACGAGUGGGUGAAGGAUCUGCUGCCCAAGCUGCACGAAGUGGAUGUGUACCAGCUGAGCAGUGUGGCGAGGGAUGAGGGGCCCAGCGAUGUGGCCCGACAGCAGCAGAGCAAAAGAACAUCAGAGGAAGCUCUGGAAGAAGCUCUGAAGAGGCUGGAAAAGAGGAACGACGAGAAGUCCAUAUCAGAUGCUCGGGCUCGAUACCUUCAGCGCAAGCUGGACAAGGCACAGAACUAGAUGGAGCAGUGAGGUUGGAGCAAGGCUGUCACCGUACAGGCACCCUGACCCCAAUCCUGGACUGGGAGGGGAUGGUGUGCAAGUUCAGACCGUUUUUCAGUCUUGGUAGAGAGGGGAUUACAUUUUCCACAGGGGCUAAAGACAAAUCUCUUGAAGCAUUGUGGAGUUGAGAAUAUGAAUACUUCGUAUGUGGUGGUGUUGGAGUUUGGGGGAGCGACUAUCAGACACUGGCACAGGAUUUACCUGUCAGUCUGAGGAUCCAAUUAUCCCCCACCAACCUGUCCCAAGGACUAGUAUUCACAAUCAUAUUCUUUUGUCAAUUCAUCACACUGUGAUUAUAUUGCCGUCACUAUGUCAGGGAGUACACAUGACAUGGAGGGUUAUGGUCUGGGUGCAGGUGAGUGGGACUAGGCAGAUGAAUAGUUUAGCAUGGACUAGAUGGGCCAAAGGGCCUUUUUCUGUGCUGUAAUGUUCUAUGACUCGGUUACUUCAGCAAAUAUUGACAGACCACACGCAAAUAUUGUAGCUCUUUUAUUAAGAAAUACGAGCUGAAUCUUAAAUCCUUUUCACAGAUGAAAACCAUCUUAAAGCUCCAGAACUUACAAAUUAAUAAUAUUGGGUGUUGUUACCUAAAGGCCCCAUUGUUAUGGCUCAUGAAAUGUGACCCUGUUACCAUCUGAAUACUUUAACCAGGUUAGAGAAACACUGCACAGAGGUAUUUCACAUGUGAGUUACCUUUACUGUUGGUUUCGUGGUUUGGUGAUCGGAACUACAUGUCCUAUGGUGCACCAUCCUGUGUCGGACUCCUGGGAAGUGGGAGAAAGAGGACUGAUGAAAUACAGAGCCAAUCAGAGUGGUGUAUGAAUAGAUGCUGUGUUAAAUGAAUUUUUUUUGUCUGAUUUAUUUGUAUUUUUAUAAAUUAUGAAAAAAAGUAAUUAAUGUAUCUUUUGUAAUGUUUUAUUUUCAAUAAAAUGAGGUGCAAACCUUAA